CUGUCUUGGAUGAUGAACGCUUUCACUGCAAAUUGGACAAAACACAAAGAAGGUACCAAUGUGAGAUUUCUAAAGAUAGAUACAGCACUUGACCCAAGGUUUAAGAAUCUGAAGUGCCAUCCAAAAUCUGAGAGGGACGAGGUGUGGAGCUUGCUUUCAGAAAUCUUAAAAGAGCAACAGCUCGGAUGCAGAAACUACAGAACCUGAACCACCAAAAAGGAAAAUCAACCUUCUGCGGAUGGCAUCUGACUCAGAUAAUGAAAAUGCAUCGGUCCGCACUACUUUGUAUUGUUAUAGAGCAGAACCCGUCAUCAGCAUGGAUGCAUGUCUUCUGAAAUGAUGGUUGAAGCAUGAAGGGACAUGUGAAUAUUUAGCCCAUCUGGCAUGUAAAUAUCUUGUGAUGCCGGCUACAACAGUGUCAUGAGAACACCUGUUCUCACUUUCAGCUCCAUGCCCUACAGAAGAAGUUACGUCUGUGCUAACUUGAUUUUUACCAUUGAAGAUGAAGCAAGACUCUUCUCGAAAUGCUACCUACACUGUGGAUUGUGAGGAUUAUGUGCAUGUGGUGGAAUUCAAUCCAUUUGAUAGUGGAGAUGUAGGUUCCCUAAUUGCAUACGGUGGCAAUAAUUAUGUAGUUAUUGGGACUUGCAGAUUUCAGGAGGAGGAUGCAGAAGUGGAAGGAAUACAGUAUGAGACACUAAGAACGUUUCAUCAUGGGAUCAGAGUCGAUGCCAUAGCAUGGAGUCCAGAAACCAGACUGGAUGCUUUACCUCCCCAGAUAAGAUUUUGUACUGCAGCUGCUGAUAGGAAGUUAAGACUAUUCACUUCAGAUCUCCAGGAUAAGCAUGAAUAUAAGAUCUUUGAUGGCCACUCAGAUUACAUUAAUGAUCUGGUGUUUGCCCCUAAAGACGGUCAGGAUAUUGCAAGUGUGAGUGAUGAUCACACCUGCAGGGUUUGGGACUUGGAAGGAAAUCAAAAGGCUUAUUUUGUUCUACGGUCCCCUGGAAUGAGUGUGUGCUGGCAUCCUGAGGAGGCUUUUAAGUUGAUGGUAGCAGAGAAGAAUGGAACAAUACGAUUCUACGAUCUCAUUACCCAGCAGGCCAUUCUGUCUCUCCAGUCUGAACAAAUGCCAUUGAUGUCCGCACAUUGGUGUUUAAGAAACACCCUUAAAAUUGGAGCAGUUGCUGGAAAUGAUUGGUUAAUCUGGGAUAUUACUCGCUCCAGUUAUCCACAAGAUAAGAGACCUGUCCAUGUAGAUCGAGCCAGAUUAUUCAGGUGGUCCAGAGUGAAUGAAAACUUGUUUGCAACCACUGGCUAUCCAGGAAAGAUGACUUGCCAGCUCCUAGUUCAUCAUUUAGGACACCCUCAGCCCAUUCUUAUUGGCUCUGUGGCUGUAGGAUCUGGUUUGACCUGGCAUAGGACUCUUCCAUUAUGUGCAGUUGGUGGAGAUCAUAAACUUUUCUUUUGGGUAACAGAAAUGUAAAAUAAAUGUCUGUUCUGAUUAUUAAAUUCUCAAAUAUUAUCCCUUUUUGUAGUAAAAAGUGAAGAAAUCUAGUCAUUCUUGUAUAUUAAUAUUUAUUGGAACAAGAAUAAAAUAACCAAAACACACGAAACUAAACUUAAAUCCCUUUUGCUUGUUUUUAAAUGACAAUUAUAACAAGAUUUGUUAAGGCAGAUACUAUGUUUCAGAUAGUGGUGUGACUUUCGUAAUAAAACAUAAGUAUCUUUUUUCACAAUAUUUGUUGAUGUGAUGUUUUUCAAACAACCUUCUUUAGACCAGUGGUUUUCAAACUUUUUUUCUGGGGACCCAGUUGAAGAAAAUUGUUGAUGCCCACGACUCAAUGGGGAUGAGGGG